GAAGAAGAAGAAGAAAAAGAAGAGAUGGUGACACUGGUAGUAGCUACAACGAUCGACCCGGCUUCCAUUGGCCCUGCCUCUGCGUUCCUAGCGAUGCCUGGUUGGCACCCUGGUCCUUUUCUCCAGGAAAUACCGAGUUAUGUAAAUGGGGAAGUGAGGCUACUCAAACAUGACAACAGCAUAGUGAAGGAGGAUCACUUGGACAAGCGUUGGGAGGCGGCCACCGGCGAGGUUAUCAACGAUGUCAUCUUCCUAAGCAGACACACCGCCGUCUCCAACCGUCCUGCUCUCACUGUUCACCCCAUUGGCAUACCCCAUUUACGUGAAGGUGAUGAACCGCCGCAAGGUGGAAAGCCCGGAUGGGCAGCUCCUCCAAAUCCUAGGAUUGGACCAUGGCUUAGACUUUUGAAGAGGAUUGCGCAAAACCAUAAUCUAAUUCCUGAGUUUGAGGUUACUUUGGAGGCUACCCAUCAUGGGCCUGAGAUCGAUUCACCAACCAUGUUCGUAGAGAUUGGUAGCACAGAAGAAUAUUGGGGGAGGCAAGAUGCUGCUCAAGCCAUUGCAUUAUUACUGUGGGAAGGGCUUGGGCUUGGGGGAGGUGGUGCAGUAGGAAACUGGAACAGGAACACUGAUAGAAACAAAAUCCUGCUAGGGAUAGGGGGUGGACAUUAUGCACCGAGACAUAUGGAUGUUGUUCUGAAAGAUGAUGUUUGGGUGGGUCACCUUCUUUCUGGGUAUUCAAUACCAAUGGAAGAUCCAGGUCCCUCAAAAGGAGGAACAAAUGCAAAAGAUAUUGGUGGAACAUGGAGAGAAUCAAUUAAGGUAGGAUUCGAAGCUACUCAAGCAGCUUUUCCAGGUGGAGAAGUUAUGGCACAUCUAGAUCACAAGAGUUUCAAGAGUUGGCAGAAGAUUGCAAUUACAGGAUUCCUAGCUGAACUGAAUAUAAAGAUUGGCAAACCUGGUGAUUUCUACUGAUUUGCAAACCUGAUGACUUCUAUUGAUCGUCUUAUUAUUGCCGAUGAUAUUAU